GAAUAUAGGAUAUUGGGUUUAGAGUUUGCUCUAUAAAAUAUAACCGCUGGUAAAGGACUGAUUGUUGCUGCUUGCUGCGCGUGGAAGCAUGAAGUAUCGCGUUUCGUCCACAAUAUGGUUCAGAACCAGACAACGCAUAUAACGGUUAUUCUUUAAGAAAAGUCGGCCUGGUUUCGCUGUUGGAGGAACAAUAAUCUACAACCGCUUUGCAGAAGCCUCUGCCUCUUGUGGAGACCAGUAGCUGAAUUUUUCAUUGCCGGACAGCAUGUCUAUCAUGGAUCAUAGCCCCACCACUGCAGUUGUGACAAUCAUUGUAAUACUCAUUGCCGUUGCUGCACUAGGGGCAUUAAUUCUUGGCUGUUGGUGCUACUUGCGACUGCAGCGUAUCGGCCAGUCUGAAGAUGAAGAAAGCAUUGUCGGUGAAGGUGAAACCAAGGAGCCCUUCUUGCUGGUACAGUAUUCAGCCAAGGGCCCACGGGUGGAGCACAAGACCAAGCUCACCCCUAACGGCACAGAGAGCCACACUUAAUCUCUCUUCGCAAUGUAAAAUAUGUGGUGGACCAUGUUCAGGCUCUUUCAAGUCUAAUGAUUUCAAUACGUCAUAUUAUUACGCAGUACUGACGUUAAAUUCCAUUUGAAAUGGUGCUAGAACUUCACCUUUUAAACAAGCUGAUAAAUGAUGACAAAAUUAGUGCAUGCAGUUGUCUAGUUUGUUGCUUUGAGUAAUGACCAUUGAUUGUUUUCACCCCUUUUGUGGUGGUCCGGUAUAGAGCCCUAUCAUAAUGUGAAAUUGCUGAUUGUCUGCAUUUGUUGUCAUAUGCAAUGCUAUUUAUUUAUUUUGUUUGCCCUUAACUGCUUUCAUCCAGAGCUGGCUCUGGUAUCAAGAUCAAUACACAUUUUCAUUUCACUGACCAUGUCAAAACGAUGGUUAAAGCUUUUGAACAGUUUAAAGCUUAUUAACCACUUGUCAUCGUUAUAUUUUUAAUAGAAGCACGCCAAGAUGCCAUAAAUGGGUGACUAACAAAAUCUGUCAAGAAAUGUCCAGGUGUAACCCAAAAUGUAUGCAAAAAAUUAUUAUGUUUUUAGGACCUUUAAUGGGAUAGUUUCCCCAAAAAUGAAAAUGCUCUCAUAAUUUACUCACCCUCACGCUAUGCCAGAUGUAUACACUUAUUUGUUCUGCUCAACACAAAGAUUUUUAGAAAAAUAUUUCAGAUCUGUUGGUCCAUACAAUGCAAGUGAAUGGUGACUAGAACUUUGAAGCUUCAAAAAGCAUAUAAAUUAGGCAUGAAAAAAAUCCAUAAGACUUCAGUGGUUUAAUCCAUGUCUUCAGAAGUGAUAUGAUAGGUGUUGGGAGAAACAGAUCAAUAUUUAAGUUUAAUUAACCUUUUUACAAUAAAUCUCCUCUUCCAAUUUUUUUGGGCAUUUCACCCCCUACUGUUAAGUUGAAUUUAUUGUUAAAAAAAAAUACUUCUGCAGAAUUGGGGUCAAAUGUGCUAAGUAUCAUGAAUGUUAAUGGUCCUCCAUUUUUUGAUUUUGAAGUCAAAUUGGACCAGGACAUUUUCUUGACAGGCUUGGUGAGAACCCAAGUUGUGUAAAAGUAAAUUGGUUUACCAAAGGUCUUAGAUUACAUUCAACCAUGGUUUACAAUCAUGCUAUCAUUUGCACUUUUUAACUUUCAUUUAAUGUGUUACUGAUUUCAUAACAGCACUUGCUGUUUUCAAUUUAAUCCUGCUAGGAAGCCACAAUAAGAAUGAAGGCCAAUGACUGGGCCCCAUUUAUUAUAGUUUUAUUCUGUUGGAUCCAGAGGCAUUCACUUUUGUGGUUGAGCACAUUUCUACAUUGUAAGGUUGAGAUCAUUUUAAAGUGUAAAAUUAUUUUUAUAGAUGGCUUGUUGUGCAGCUGGAUAACAAAAACAGUCCUUCACAGUAUCAUUUACUUUCAUUUGAAUCCAGAUGUUUUGGUGAUGUAGCAGUGUUUGAUGUUUGUACAUGUUAAGAAAUUGAGAGAGAUUAUUUAUUUUUAUACAAGAUCCAUGCAAAUGUUGUCUCUAGAAUUCAUUGAGCAAAGUCAACAAGCCUUUUAAGGAAGGUAGCCAAAUCAAAGCCUAAAAUGCAGCUAAAAUUAUUUAAUUGAUGUUACUAGUACUUUAUCAUAUAUUUAGGGCACUGUCAUACAUUCUAUGGCGAAUGAUUUUUGUGAAUUGAACAAUGAGAGCUCUCCAAUAAGCCACAUGAAGGAUAGUGCAUGCAUGUUAAUUGAAUUUGCAUAUUUGAGAAGGCUGAGCAUUGAUGAGAUUGUCACUCAUCCCAGUGAGUCCAGCGUUUUGAACAAUAAAACUGCAUUUGUAACUAGAGGAAAUGUCAGCCUAGUGUCUGCUCAUGAGUUUUGUUUGUAUUUGCAAGAUUUUAAAAUGGUACCUUUUACACUUCAAUGUUAUAAGUAGCACUAGGUUUGAAUUGAAUGGCUUAUUGAUACCAAACAUAGUACCUUAUAUGGCUCUCAUUUGAAGGUACCAAAUGGAUUAAUAAUAGUAUUUUGUGUUUGAAACACACUGUUGCUGGUACACAAUCCAAAAAACCAAAAACAUACUGAAUACAUCCAUUUAGGCCCAAUCGUGCAUUAAAUCAGAUACUGGAUUCUGACUUACAAUUCUUACAAAAGUGUAUGUCCAAUUUGGAUAAUUAAGUCAGCUAUAAUAAAGUUGAAUGCUUUUACAGAUUUAAAUGAUCUUGCUUGUAUAGCAUGAUUACUGUAUUUACUUGUAAGUAUAAAAAUUCAUAGGAGUGUUGAGAAACCGAAUGUCUGAUGAAUGCAAACUAUGUGCAGUGUCUGAGGUAUGCAGUGCAGAAAUGUUUGAAAGAGUAGAUGUGACUACAGAAAAGUGCCAUACAUGUCUAAGAGCUUGUGUAGUGUACCCAACGGUGUAUAACAUACCUUUAAUUAAAUUGCAGUUCACCAAAAAAAUUAUUUAGUUUGUGGUGACUCAUGUAAACUUCCACUGAACAGUACUGAAGUUUACAUCAAAAUAAGGGAGUUGCCCCACCUUUUGACCAGUUCUUAAGACAAAAAUAGAUUUAAUCAUUUGUUUUUAUUAACUAUAGUCACCAUCUGAUUUUAAACCAGAGCAUGUGUGUCAUUCAAUAAUAAUAAUUAAAAAAAAAGGAUUAAAAUGUAGGAAAUAAAAAUGCUCAAAGAGCAAAAUCUAAAUGCUCACCAGAUCCAAGCCAGAAUGCAUUUAUUGAAAAUUUGUAUAGAAGUGCAAAUAGAAAGGUCAUUCUUUUCCAGUAUCUCUCACUCAUGGGUAAAACAUGUCAUGACAUCAACCAAACUCACUUGUGUGAUGCCAACUAUAUCCCUUAUCACAUCUCUAUUAAUACACCAAAAUGGUAUCAAUUUGGAAGCUGAAAAGAUGAAGACUUUGCGUUUUAUGUUGGUCCAUAUAAUACCAACAGGCUUUAACACAGCAAUCAUACAAUAUACUAAUUUGGUGAGGAUGUUGAAUAACAGAAACAGGACCCAACAUUCCAAAACGACAGUAAAGAAACAGCAAAAAAAAAAAAAA